AUGACAGGAUCAGUACCAAAAUCUAAUUAUUCUGAUGCUGCUGAAGAGGAGAAUAAUAAAAUUCCAAUAUUAUUUACACCAUUAAAAAUUAAAAAUAUGGAAUUAAAGAAUCGUUUUGUUGUUAGUCCAAUGUGUCAAUAUUCAAGUAAAGAUGGAUAUUUUAAUGAUUUUCAUUUCGGUCAUUAUACAUCAUUUGCAAAGGGUGGUAGUGGUUUAAUAGUUAUUGAAGCAACAGGUGUUGUACCAGAGGGACGUAUUACAUAUGGUUGUACUGGUCUUUGGAAAGAUUCUCAAAUUGAAGGUUUAAAAAGAAUCGUUGAUUUCUCACAUGAAUUUGAAGCAAAAGUUGGUAUCCAAUUAGCUCAUGCAGGUCGUAAAGCAUCUAACGAGGUCCCAUAUUUAGAUGGAGCUAGAAAUUCCCAUCUUACAAUUCCAUUCGAUCAUCCAAGUGGUAAUGGUUGGAAAGUGUAUGGUGCAUCACCAAUCCCAUGGAAUGAAGUUAUGGCAGUACCAAUUGAAAUGACAAUUCAAGAUAUUGAAAAUGUAAUUGAAUCAUUCAAAUCUGCAGCUGUUAGAUGCAUUAAAGCUGGUUUGGAUUUCAUUGAAAUUCACGGUGCACACGGAUACUUGAUUAGUUCAUUCUUAUCAACAACUUCAAAUAAACGUACUGAUAGCUAUGGUGGUUCAUUUGAGGGUAGAGUUAAAUUAUUAAUAGAAGUUGUUAAAGCUGUCCGUUCAGUUUGGACAACUGAAAAGCCAUUAGCCGUUAGAAUCUCUGCUGAUGAAUGUGUUAGAGAAGCUGAUGGAAUAACUGAAUCACCUUUGAAUGGGUGGGGAAUUAAUGAUUCAAUUAAAUUGGCAUCAAUAUUGGAACAGUAUGAUGUCGAUUUAUUGGAUCCAUCAAGUGGUGGUAAUAAUAAACUUCAAAAUAUUAAACCAGUACCACUUUAUCAUGUACCAUACUCUAGUGCAAUUAAAAAUUCUAUUAAAGAACGUUCUGGUAAAUUAUUGGUUUCAGCAGUUGGAUUAAUUGAUAAUGCUGAAAAUUCAGAAUCAAUUUUACAAUCUGGAAGUGCAGAUUUGAUUUUCUUGGGUCGUCCAUUCCUUAGAAAUCCAUUCUUACCUGUUGAAUUUGCUAAACAAUUAAAUUUAAAAAUUGAUUAUGCUCCACAAUAUCAACAUGCAAGAAAUUCAUCAUUACUUUAUUCUAGUAAAUAA